AUGGAGCGGCGGAGGUGGGGGGAGGGGGGAGUGGGGGAGAAGUGGGAGGGGGGAGAGGGGUUAGGCGGAGAAAGGAAAGGGGGAUCGGAAUCAGGAAAAGAGGGUGUAAGUGGUGGGGUGGGAGAUGGGAGACAGGAGGGGGGGAUCGGUGGACGGGAUGAGGGGGAGGUGGAUGAGGGAGAGGUGGGGAGGGGGGUGAGGGAUGGGAAGGGGAGACUUUUGAAGGAAGGAGCGGGGGAGGGACGGUGGCAUGGAGGAUGGAGGGGGAGGCGGCUGAAGGGAGGAGAAGAGGAGGGCAUGGGAGAGGGGGAGGGGGGCCUGAACGGGGAGGUUAAGAAGGCGGAGGGGGGGAAGGGGGAGGGCGAGGAUGAGGGGAAGGCGGAGGGGAUGGACCAGGGGAAAGGAGAGGGUAACGACGAGGGGAAUGGGGAAGAGAAGAAUGAGGAGAAGGAUGAGGAUGAGAGGAAGGAUGAGGGGAAGGAUGAGGAGAAAGAUGAGGGGAAGGAUGAGGGGAAGGAUGUGGGGAAGGAUGUGGGGAAGGAAGAAGGGGAAAGGAGGGGUGGGGAGGCGAUGCCGGAGGCGUGGCGGCGGUUCUACUCGGGAUUGCCCAAGGUGGUGGAUGCGGAGGGGCAUGAGAACAUGUGGAAAUUCCCCAUCUGGGUCGCCCUGGCCGUCAACAUGUGCGUGCGUGCUGCAGUAGGCAUUCAUGGCGCCACGACCUCUGUGCAUGCUGCAUGGGACAGGCACGUGUGCACUGGCUGCUUGGCUGGUGUGGCUGAUCAGGUGCCGUUCCUGCAGUCACAGCUGGCGUGUUGCUGCGAGUGGGCCUUCUUCCUCGACUCAGACGCCUACAUGCGCAUGGACCACCACCGCCUCUCCAUCCCCACCUGGAUCCAAUCCAUCAAGCAACCUCACCAGUGUAACUGCUGGCAACCGCACCGCAUCCUAGCAGGCCCGCUGGAGGGGCAGCUGUGGGUGAACUACUUCGACUGGCUGCUGAGGGACAAUCUCACCGACUCUCUGGAGGGGCAGGUGUGGCUCCCACAGGACCCCGCGCUGCUGCUACAGCCCGCCACCGCGCUACAGCCGGAAGGGGCUGUGGCUCUGAUACCACGGAACGGCGACUCAAAGGAGGGUUUUUUUGGGGAGGCGGAGGCGCUGUUCCGCAAGGACACGGACUACGUCAACGCUGGCGUCAUGCUGUGGCGGCGCUCGCCCGCCACCUUCAAGGUGGGUACGGGAGGGGAGAGAGUGCCUUGUGGUCGGAAGAGCAGCUUGGCUGUGGGGGAAGCCAAUGGCUGUGGGGGAAGCCAAUGGCUGUGGGGGAAGCCAAUGGCUGUGGGGGAAGCCAAUGGCUGUGGGGGAAGCCAAUGGCUGUGGGGGAAGCCAAUGGCUGUGGGGGAAGCCAAUGGCUGUGGGGGAAGCCAAUGGCUGUGGGGGAAGCCAAUGGCUGUGGGGGAAGCCAAUGGCUGUGGGGGAAGCCAAUGGCUGUGGGGGAAGCCAAUGGCUGUGGGGAAAGCCAAUGGCUGUGGGGAAAGCCAAUGGCUGUGGGGAAAGCCAAUGGCUGUGGGGGAAGCCAAUGGCCCAGACAAGUGGAAAGGGGGUGAGGGAAUGAUUGGCCGUAGAAUCUUCAAGCUCGCAUCAGACAGCUUCAAGCUCGCAUCAGACAGCUUCAAGCUCGCAUCAGACAGCUCCAAGCUCGCAUCAGACAGCUUCAAGCUCGCAUCAGACAGCUUCAAGCUCGCAUCAGACAGCUUCAAGCUCGCAUCAGACAGCUUCAAGCUCGCAUCAGACAGCUCCAAGCUCGCAUCAGACAGCUUCAAGCUCGCAUCAGACAGCUUCAAGCUCGCAUCAGACAGCUUCAAGCUCGCAUCAGACAACUUCAAGCUCGCAUCAGUAGCAGGUCAUUGUUUUCCAGUCCGUUGCAGAAUCAGUGGUAUGGCGAGCAGAGUGGCGACUACCACCUGUACGGCCACGUGUGGGAGCAGAGGCAGUCCAAUUCGAAGCAGGUGGCACAUCAACCCCACUAUGAUGAUCAUUCUACUGCUCUUCUCCCUUUCCCCCUCACUGCUCUUGCAGUUCCUCCAGCAGUGGUACGGCGAGUACAGCGGUGACUACCACCUGUACGGGCACGUGUGGGAGCAGGACCGCCUCAACAAGGUGGUGCGCUGGCCGCAGUGGCGGGGGAGGGUGAUCGUGGUGCCGCACCAGGAGCUCACAGGACCGCAGGGGGCCAUGGUGCGGCACAUGUGGGGGGGCAUUGCAAGCGAGGAGCGGGAUCGGGUGGUGUAUGCGGCCUUGGAGGAGGCACUGGGUAGCCUGCAGCAAGGGCAGUAA